AUGCAAGCACUUCAAGUACUUCUUUGUGUAUUUCUUAUAAGUGUAACUGAAGGGAAAUUUUACAAAACAAAUAUAACAAACAAUGAACUGGAAACUUGUAAAGUAUACUACUCACGCUCGGGCAGUAUCUACAAAGACUUUUUUGAAAUAAAAAACAUCCCAACAAGCAAUAAUACAUUGAUGUUCGAUUUCCACUUCUCAGUAUUAACCUCGAGUGACGCUCACUUAUUGCUGGCACCAUCGGCCAGUGUAACAACGUCUGAUCCGGUCUACGAGAUUGUUAUUGGAGCAGGUGGAAACACUUUUUGCGACAUUCGGAGGCAACAAAAGGCGGAGGUUAAAGAAUCUGUUAGAAUAAAAAACCUUUUAUCGGCUGUGGAUGUCAGAACUUUCUGGUUGCAUAUUACCCUAGAUGGUGUUAUCGAGGUCGGAGAGGAGGGACAUGAAUUACCGUUUAUUUCCUGGACAGAUCCAGAUCCAUUGCCACUAAAAGUUUUUAGCUUCAGCACUUGGAGUGGCAUUGAAGCCAAAUGGUAUUUUGACUGCAAAAGAGACGAGGACAACAUAGAGCAUUUUAAAAAAUUGCAGAGAAAAAUGACACAUUUAGAACGAUUAAGAGCUGACCUGUUGCGUCAAUAUAAUCCAUACGUAAGGCCUGUUGUUGAUCACAAUGACUUCACCGAAGUUAAUAUGUCACUCAGCACACACUCCGUUAUUUUGAAUCAAAAGAAGGGUAUUAUGGAAGUUAAAGGUGAAUGCAAAAUGAAAUGGAGAGACGAGAAAAUGGUUUGGAAUUCCAGCGAAUACGGUGGAAUAACAAAUUUGCACAUAUUCAGACGUGAAAUAUGGCAACCAGACUUAAUUCUAUACAAUUCUGUCGGAGAUAAUGGAAACAUUCUAGAGGACACGAUGUUAAUUGCAAGAGACGAUGGUGUGGUUGAAUGGAAUGCAUCUAUGACUUUAACAUCUUGGUGUGAUGCUCACGACACAACUAUGUGGCCUCGAGAUUUUCAUAAGUGCAAUUUGGUAUUGGGCUUCGAAAUGGAAUUUGAUAAAACCACCAUGAGAUUUAACGAAAACGACAGCACAGUAGGUGGAUAUAUGUCUGCAUCUGAAUGGAUUGUUUCGGAAGUGGAAGUUUUAACAAACACCGGAUGGACAGAAGGCACAUUGGAUCCGGCAUAUUUAAACAUUGCUUUAAUAUUAAAACGAGCUUCUACUUCUUACACCACCAUCUUUUUUACUCCAUAUAUAAUUGUAGCAAUUUCCCUUUUACUUACAUUUUGGGUGUCUCCAUUUGGACCAACAAAGAUUUCACUGGCUUGUUUGGAGCUUUUGAUAUGCACAUUAAUGUUAAUGGCAUUAUCUGUUACAAUUCCCAGUCACUCUAAAAGUGUUCCUUACUUAGUGAGCUUAUACAGUUAUAGUUUGGUAGGUGCUCUAAUUUCAAUAGUAAUAUCAGUUAUAGUAAUAAACCUCUCGAGGAAUGAAUCGAACACGUCGUUACCACAUAUUAUUACAAAAAUAUUAACUUCACCACCUAUGAAAAUGAGUUUGUGUUUGUGCGUUCCUACGAAAAAGGGGAAGGAAGAAUACGACAAACUGAGUGAAAAUUCUUUUAAAAAAUCAGAAGAUAACCAACAAGAGAUGUGGAUACUUUUAGGAGUCACUAUUGAUAGAAUUGCAUUUUUUGUGUACCUUGGACUAGUAAUAUACUCUAUUGUACUGAUUCUGUAAUGUCGAAAGUAUUCAUACAUUAUAAGUUGUUACUUGACAAUUUUUGUUAGUUAUAUAAUUAAUGUGAUUUUAAAAUUACUUACAGAAACUUGUAUGAUAGUGUAAAAAGAUCAUUAUAGUGAUAUUUGUCUUAAAUACAUGAUGCUAAUGAUAUAGGAAAAAUAAAAAUAUUUUAAAUUGUA